AUGAAAAGUUAGAAAAGCAAAUAGACUUUUGUGCAAUCAAUGUUUGGAAAGCUCGAAACAGAUGUUAAGACUAUAGGAUUUAAAAAAAUUAUCUCAAUUAUUGAGGAUGUUGUUGAGAAAAGGAUGAACAAUUUAUAAAAUAAUACUUAGGAAAUAAUUGAAAAAUUAAAAAUCUGCACAACCAAAGACAUAAUUUACGAAAUUGUUUGAUUCAUUAGUUACAAUAGCUCAAGAUUGGACUUAAAAUUUAUUGGUAUAAAUUUAAUAAUGCAACAAAUACAGUUUCUAUGAUGAAUUGGAAGAUUUUAUUAAGAACUAGAAUACUAAUUAUGAUUUUAAUAUAAAACUCAUUAACAAUACCAAUAGAUUUUGGAUUAUCAAGUUGUGCAAUAACUUAGAUUAAUACAAUCAGGAUAAAAAUAAAUUAAACUUUAAGGCUUUAAAGUAACAAUUUCUGGACUUUAGUUAUUCAGAUUUGUCACAACUACAUGAAACUAAAUUAAAGUGAGUUGAUUAAUCUGUGAAAUAAAGUGUAAAGUGUUAUGCAAUAGUUUUUGAUACUUCUGGGUAAAUUAUGGUAUCAACCAAGUAAAAUGAUAUUAAUGUAUGGAUGUUUCAAAAUGGAAAAAUGAAAUUAGUAAAAUUGUUGUAAGGACAUACUCAUUUAAUCUAAUGUUUAGUUUAUAUUAAGAAAUAACAUUCCUUUAUAUCAGGUGCCCUAGAUAAGUCAAUAAGAUGCUGGCAAUAAUAGGAUUAAAGUAAUUGGAAUAGUUCAUAACCAUAUUAAUAACAUACAGAUUAUAUUAUGUGUAUUGUAUUGAAUUCAAAUGAGGAUCUAUUAUUUCACAAAUCGAUCAAAGCUUGGAAGGUUGAUUUUAAUCAAAAUAAACUAGCCUUUUUGUAUUCAUUGGAUAGACAUGAUGAUUAUGUUAUUUCAUUAAGUUUAAAUUAAUUAGAAAAUUAUUUAGUAUCAUGUGCCUUUGAAAAGAAUCAAAUUAUUAUUUGGCAAAGAAGAGGGGAUAAUAAUAAGUUUGAGUUCAGAUAUUUUGUUAAAUAAUCAGUUUAAGAAUAGGGACAUAAGGUUAAGUUUAUUAAAGAGAAUUAAUUUAUUUGGAUAACUGGUGGCAUAACAAUAGAUAAACUUUAUGUAUUUGAAUUAAUAAAAGGAGUCUAUUAAGAAAAUUAAGAAAAGUCAUUUCAAUUAGUUACAAAUAAUUAAAAUGUUGAUGAAUGCCGUUUCCCAAUAAUGUAUAAUAAGGAGAAGGAUUUUAUAGUGCUAAGACAUAAGAAUUAUAUUUAUAUCAUUAGGGAAAUUAAAGAUGGGAAGUUUAAAAAAGUUUGUUAAUUGAAUUUUGAUGCCUAUUCUAUUUAUGGAACUAUCACAAAUAAUGGACAAUAUUUGGUGUUUUGGGAUGAGAAAAAUUAAGGAUAUUCAAUAUUUGAAUUAUCUAAUAAAUGA